CGGUAAGCAUAAUUGGAUACGGGCAGAAACGGAAACACAGGCAGCUAUGUUGAUGUGCUAUGAGUAAGUAUGGACAGUAUCCUCGUGGAGCAAGUGUUUCCUCAGAGAGAACAUUGGACGAUCUAGAAGUGAUCCCCAGUACUGAUCACACCCCUGUACAUUCACCACCCACCUCAGCCAAAAUGGAGGGUAAUGUUGGCCCAAACUACCAUGCUGGGACCUCCCGUCCCCCUCAUCAUGGGCGAGGCAGCCCUAACCCACAAGAGGAACACCCAGUGACUCAAGUUCAACACAGAGUCUCUUGGCACACUCCAGGGGUCACAGAGGUCCGCAUGAGCCCAGAAAACACUGACCAUGAGACAAGUGAGUUUGCUCUGGAAUACGUUCAAAGUCCGUCCCAGCCCUGCAUGUCCCCUUCCCGUAGUAUCCAUGGACACAUAACACCUGUUGCCAUGGGAACAGACUCAAGCCCCAUCAGGAGAUUAAAAAGAAAGGAUGCAGAGCACCCACCUGCACGAGUCGAGCGAGAGUUAUCAGAUGCCUAUAUUGAAAGCAUUUCCCGAACCCCAAGGUACGAGUUAGGUCGACACAACACCUACGAUGACAUACUGCAGCAAAUGAGUACUGAAGAUCCAUUCAAGGGGAAUUAUCAGCCCUCUGGCAAGUCACCAGUUAUGGAGCGAUCAAGAGCUCCACAGCCCAGGCAGCGGGAAACUGUAAGUAGGAAGGAAAACCUAAACAAAGAGAAUGAUGACAUAGACAGGUUUAAGAAGAAGAAUGGGAAGAAGAGAAGGAGGAAGAAGGAAGAUGAUUCUGGAGAGAGGCUGGUCAAUGGUGGGUAUGAAAGCCGGACCAACAAGGCUUACACCGGGGAUGGUGAUUCGUUAAAAAGUAAUGACACAUUUACUGUGCAGGGUGAGCGGCGGUCACGGGCGGAUUCCUGGGCGAAGGAGAUUCGCUCCAGUGUCACCAACCUUGCUGGGCCAAUCUUGAAAAAGAUGCCAUCCAAGAUCAAGAGUGUGUCGGAAAGCAACAAGGGCAGAGAUAACAUGUACAGCAAACAAGAACAGAUGGAUAAUCAAGCGUUGACAGAGUUUGUGAAUAAGAGUGGAUUGAUGCUGAGACAGUGUAAAGUGUACGUGCACAAUCGGCGAGCAAAGAAACCUGUGUGUUACUGCGGGCGUGAGAAGUCAUGGCAUGAAGAGCGAGGCUUUCCAGAGGACAAUAACGUCUGGCAUUACCACACUCACUCCAUGGACAAGCCCACAGACUCGUUUGGCGUGGUACAGUUUGAUGGCUUCUGCGGGGACUCACUCAGGGCUCCAUACGUCCGCCUGGGCCCGGACUCUGACCUGGAGAUGGUCUGGGACCUGAUGACAAAGCACUGGCACCUGCCCAUCCCUAAACUACUCAUUUCGGUGACUGGUGGGGCACAGAGAUUCGACCUCAAUCACAGACUCAAACAGGUUUUCAAGAGGGGGCUCAUCAAUGCUGCCACUACCACAGGAGCAUGGAUCAUUACUGGAGGCACAGCGACAGGGGUGAUGCAGUUUGUUGGGGAGGCCGUGCAGGACCAGAUAUCCUCCGGAAUCAAGGGAGAGAACAAUGUUGUCGCUAUCGGCAUAGCAACCUGGGGCUGUAUCGCAAACAGGGAGGCACUCGAUGGCGAAGAUCUGGAGGAGGGUCAAGUGAACCCGCGUCUGUUUCCUGCUCACUACAUGGAGGAAGAUGUGUCGGAGAUCCAGGGUCGUGAUGUGCCCCUUGACCACAACCACACACACUUCCUCCUUGUAGAUGACGGCACUGAAGGGAAGUUUGGCGGGGAGAUUGAGUUCCGCUCCAUGCUUGAGAGAUACGUGUCCGAGAAGGUUGAGACUGGAGUGGCCGAGACACAAAGUGUGAAUGUGCCUGUUGUCCAGCUGGUGUUGGAGGGUGGGGUGGGGACUAUGAAGACUGUGAUGCAGGCCGUACAACAGAACAUCCCUGUGCUCAUCUUGGAGGGCUCAGGCCGUGCUGCAGACUUCAUCUCUUUUGGAUACAACCUCUCGAAGGAUCCCAGGAAUGAUGAGAUGUCCAGGUUUGGUAAUGAUUUUGAUGAGGAGAUGAAAAUAUUUGCGGAAGACAACUUCGCCUUGAAACCAAGCGAUGAUCGGCAGAAAAAGAUUGCAGAACUCAUGAGGCAGCUGAAGGGGACCUUGGAGAAACGAAAACUGGUGAACAUAUUUUCGAUCAACCAGGCUGAUACCAAGGACAUUGAUCGUGCCAUACUGUACGCUCUCCUGAAAGCCAACAAGACGAAUGCCAAUGCCCAGUUGUCACUGGCCCUGGCCUGGAACAGGUGUGACAUCGCACGGCACGAGAUCUUUACACAGGAAAACAGGCAGUACUGGAAGGCAAUGGAGCGUCCCUUCAGAUUCUUGGGGAAAUCUCUGAACAUUCCACUGUACGAUGCCAUGUUCACGGCGCUGGUCCAGGACCGGACAGACUUUGUACAGCUGUUCCUGGAGAAUGGCGUCAGUCUGCGCAAGUUCCUCAGUGUUGACACCCUCUGGAACCUUUAUGGAAAUAGCUUGAAGGACACGUCUGACACAAUGGCCCAGCUUGUUGCCAACCUCAUUGUCUAUCUCAAGGGUUCUAGCAAAUUCAAGCAAAGCUGGGGAGCAUACCUGGCGUGUCAAGACACACGAGCAAGCGUUGUGGACUCUGAACUGCUGCCGUCCAUUGGUCGUCUAAUUGUCCAUCUCAUGGGCGAUGAAAACAUCAACCCCUACCAUCAUACAGAUUCAGGAGAGAGCUUCAUUGUGAAUAUACACCAGCCUGAGCUGAAGUGGUUGGCGGGGAAUCACGAGAACCGGAUGAACAAAUCUGGCACGCUUACUGCCAGGAGGUCCAACACAUUGAACGGGAAGCAGUUCUUCAAGCCCCGUCGUAACGACAACUGGUGUGACUUCACAGACAGUACCCAUGAACUGUUCAUUUUUGCGAUUCUGCUGAACAGACGGGAACUGGGGAAGAUGAUGUGGAAAGUGGGCCAGGAUCAGCUUGGUGCUGCGCUGGUGGCAUGUGCUAUACUGAAGGGGCUGUCAAAGGUAGCUGAUGAUGAGGAGGAGUUGGAACUAAGCAUUGACCUCUUGGACCAUGCCAACAUGUAUGAGGACAUGGCAUACGGUGUAUUGUCUGAGUGUUACAAGAGGGACAAGUUGAUGGCCCACCAGUUGCUGGUGCGGAGACUGGAGAACUACGGGGCCACCACUGUCUUCUCCCUGGCUGACACCCACACACUCAUGAAGUUUAUGGGUCACACAUCAUGCCAGACAAAACUGAACCUGAUCUGGAAGGGCAGGAUGGCCCUGUACACGCAGACCUGGAAGAUCUGUCUGUCUCUGCUGUUCCCGUUCUUCGUACCGUCAAUCAAGUUCACAACAAGUGAUAGUGUGCUUGACACAGAGGAUGGUUCUGUGGAGGAUUACGACGACAUUGACGAGGGCGAGGAGGAAGUAGUCCAGAAGAAGGAAGAUAUACACGUCAUCUCUAACAAGGUGAUGCCUAACAAUAAAGGACAAACAGAGGAUGAGAUAUUUGUGCGAGCCAAGUCCCGGCGCAAACACAAGCCCCAUAAGAAGCUGUACAAGGUUCAGAUGUUUGGUGAAACGCGCAAGGGGGCCAUAGGGAUGCUGGAUGCCUUCUACUACUUCUACACUGCCCCUGUGUCUGUCUUCACUAUCAACACUGUCUCAUACCUGGUAUUUCUGGCACUGUUCUCGUACUUUGUGCUGGUCGACCUGCAGGAGUUCACAUCACCCUUCGAGUACAUCAUCUGGGGGUGGACUGUAACCAUGUUCCUGGAGGAGAUCAGACAGUUGGUGGCAAGUGACCGUCGGUCAUUGUUGUACAAGAUGCGUAGCUGGUCUGGCUCAUUGUGGAAUCGGUUUGACCUGAGCAUGUAUCUCAUCUUCAUCCUUUCUGUCAUCCUCCGCUUCACCCUCAGUGGAAAAGAUUUCGUCUAUGUUCGCAUCUUCUACAGUAUUACUGUGGCCAUGUAUUUCCUGAGGUUUAUGCAAGUGUUCUUUGUGGAGAAAAACAUUGGACCAAAAGUCAUCAUGAUAAAAAACAUGCUAAUCGACCUGAUGUUUUUCCUGGGUAUAUUCCUGGUGUUCCUGCUCAGUUUCGGGAUCAUGUACCAGGCUAACCUGUUCCCUAACUCCCCGGCCAACUGGCGACUCCUCAAGAACGUGCUCUACAUCCCGUACUGGCAGAUGUACGGCGAACUCUUCCUUGAGGACAUGGAAGGAGAACCCCCAGCCCAGUGUACAAAUGACGAGAAUGUGUGGCGUGCAGCAGGUGGGGCCAACCGAUGCCCAGAACAGAUUGCCCUGGUUCCCCUGCUAGCGGCUGUCUACCUCAUCCUCACAAACAUCCUCCUUGUCAACCUCCUCAUUGCCAUGUUUAGCUAUACAUUCCAGGUUGUUCAGGACAAGUCAGAGCAGGUCUGGCGGUAUUAUCGGUACAGCCUUGUGCACGAGUUCUACAAUCGACCCGUGUUCUGUCCCCCCUUCAUCAUCCUGUCACACUGUUACAGACUCAUCAUUUACUGCUGUAGAAAGGGAUGUGGAAUGGGAAAAUAUAAGAAUGAGUUCAAGCUGAAGCUGGAUGAGAAGGACAACACUCGGCUCAGGUUGUUUGUGCGUUCAGCGACAGAGUGUUACCUUACAACGACUAUGCAGGCGGAGCGCGAGGAGUUAGGAAACAAGGUGUCAAACACAGCCAACCGCCUCGAGAAGGUCAUAGAGGAGCUUGACAACAUCAAGGAGUCAGUGAAGUUGCGCCCUUCACCCAUCCUGGAUGAGAACCGGUCACCAGGUGACACCCUGGAUAGAAGCAUCACAACAACUCCAAGACGCCAGUCAAUUGCCGUAUCUUCCUCUGUUGGCCAGCUGCAAGGUCAAAUAGAUAAUCUGAGUCAGCGGAUGGGUGAAACAAGCUCCCAGAUGAGUCAGAUUAUGCUCAUGUUGGAGACGGUCAUCAAACAGCAGAAAAAGACGCCUCACCUUGACAUCAGCGAGGUCAACUCAAGCAAUCUUUGAUAGUUGUUAGUGUGUACUGAAUUUGUUUUUUUGCAUUUAUGUUUUACUUAUGGAUAAAGAUAACAGCGUUAUAUUUUCAAACAAUGAAAUACAGUUUUAUUUUAUCAUGUGAGGAAGGGAUUGUACAUUUGUAAACUUCUCAUACCUGUGAUCAUUUCACUUCAUAGUUUUUGUUUUUAUUUCUUACGCAAUCUUGUUCUUGUUUACAUGUAAAUAUUAACUAUUUGCAGUCACUCUAGCUCUAUUGGGCUGUCACAUUUGUAAUGAAGUUUUGUAUGUUUUUACACAUUUCCCAUAUUACAUAUCAAAUGUAUGCUGUGAUAUACAUUCACCCUUGUGUCCUUUUCUGCUGUGUUUAAUUAUUCAGAUUACAGUGCAAAAAGGAUAUUCACGGGUAUUUCAUGCAUUUUUAGCAAUUUCUUGAUUUCAAAUUUGAAUUGUUUCCCUUUAACAGAUACAUAGUGUAAUAGUUGUGUUAUUAAAGUUAGUAUUAAAUAUGUAUAAUUUCUCAGAUACAUGUAGUAGGUACAUGCAGGAUGCACGUACUUUGAUUUUAGAGCUGAACUAAAUGAAGGCGGACUUCAAUCACAACUUUUCGUUUUUCUCCAUAUUGGUUGGGAAAUAGACCUUGAAAGUAAUUGCUUGAUCUUGAUAUGCCACAUAGCAGUUUUCCCUCACGUCUUAGAUCUUACCCCUCACCUAUGUAAUUGCCUCCAUAUUUAGCUACCUCUUUAUAAUUGUUUCUUUACAAGAAAUCAACUUAAAAGGGUAUAUAGAUGUUAUACACAUGUGUUGUGGGGGCUUCUUUCAAUAUAUCUACAUUUGCCUAGUUAAGAUCAUAUAGACUGUAAGACAUUAUGACAUCAUCCUUUAUGUAUUUACUGCGCUCAAAUUGCAUAACUGCAACAUCAUUUAACAAAGGUUUUACGACUUCUUUUAAAAUAGAUACUCAGCUGUAGAAAAUAUUGCUUAUUGUUAACCAUGAUAAAUAAGUUUCAAAAUAGAUAGUAAAUCUACUUAUUAUUAUGAAAUUGAAAAAGCUGUUUUAUUCACAAGAUACAUACAUACAGAUGAGUUCCAUGUUAUAUUACUUGAAGCGUAUAGUUCGGUGACUAAGAAUCUUAGAAUUUUUUAUUUUACUAAAAACACUUCUUUUCGAAUCUAAAUGUGUAGUGGAUUAUUAAAGUAUAAGGAUUGAUCACAUUUUUUCAAGUGAUCAUGCUGUAUGUUGCAACAAUCCCGAAGAAGUGUUAGCUCUAGUCUGGGUUUGGUUCUGCUACCUAAUGUUUUAUCUGUCUAGAUGUGUUGUAACAUGCACACUGUGAUGGCAAAGUGGCUUGAUUCAGCUGUCUUGUAUGUUUACAUUAUGUCCUUUUGUUUAUUUUAAUCCAUACAGCUAAAACUGGAUCAUGUUGUGUUGUAUUAAUUCAUGUUUAUACAUUCUGUGGCUUCUUGUACUUAAGAUUAGCUUGUUUUUAGAGCAUUCUUUUUCCUCAAUGAAGUCUUUCUGCAGCAAAAUGUGAUACAACUUCAAAAAAUUGACAAGGAUUUUUGUUGAUGUACAAAUGUUCUUAUUUUUAUUUACAUAUCAUUUUACAAUAACUUUGUCUAAUCAGACUUCUGUUAGACUGAUAGAAAUAAGACUGUGUUUGAGGACUCUCAGCCAGACUGUAGUUGAUGAUUAAUUUUAAAGGCUGUACAGGGUUUGCUGGAUGCCUUUACAUAUGCCCUGGUGCCAAGUCAAAAUAUAAACAGCAAUGUUGAAUUACAAAAUGAUUUCGAUGGACUUUAAUCAGCCUUUGCAGGUGUAUAAAUGAUUUGUAUCAUGCAUAAACAAAUGUGCAUUAUUGAAAAAAUAAAAAAUAAAUGUUUUGACUUUUGAUAUUAUCUCUUCUGUAUACGAAUAUACUAUGACAUUGUGCUUUUAAUUUAUUCUUCACUCCUUUUUUUAGUAUUUAU